AUGUCGAGGUUGAUAAUCAAAGGUUUGCCAAGCCGGUACGAUGACAAGAACUUGAGGCAACUGUUCUCUUUCGCCGGGGAAGUCACGGACGCGAAAGUUAUCAAAACGAAAGAUGGUCGGUCUCGCCAGUUUGGUUUCAUCGGCUUUCGAAACGGACAGGAAGCAAAGAAAGCGCGCCAUCAACUGAACAAUUCUUAUGUUGAUACACAGCGGGUCUCAGUGGACUUCGCGCAUGCUGUGGGCGCAAACACCAUCCCCAGACCGUGGUCCAAAUAUUCAGAGGGGAGCAGUCUGCAUAAAAAGAACAAUGCAGACGAUGAUGUCAGUAUCCGAAAAGCAUUUCUUAAGAAAGAGGCAGAGAGGAACAGGCGCAUUCGGGAGCUCAAAGCGAAGCAGAGGGAGGACGGGGUAAAAGACGGAGACAUCGCUGCAUUGCGCGAGUUUCAAGAAUCAGCGGGGAAGCGAGGAUCAAACCCGUUGUGGGCAGAUGGAGGAAUUCGCGCGUUGGAGAAAAGCACACUCGUCGCUUCUAGGAAAACGGGCGGAGAAGGAACAUUUUUGGAAAGAAAGCAUGUGAAGUUUGAUGUGCCAGACAGCGACGACGAGGAUGACGGAUUAUACGAGGAUCUUCCAGACUCUUCCGCUUUAAAUGAAGAAAAAGCAGACGGAGACGGAGAUGCCACGGAAAAGGGAGAUGGUUUAGCUCUGGAUGAGGGCAUUUCAGACAUGGAUUACUUCAAAUCUAAAGUUGUGGCACAAAACGAGGGCGAGGAUAAGGCUUCGGAAUCGCAAAAGAGUGUCAGCGUCGAAGCUGCAGACACCGAACUUCAAGAACACAAUGAGAACCGAGCACCUGAAACGUCACAAGAAUCUGAUGAAAGCGAUGAGGAACAACAGGCUGGUAAAAGUAGCGAAAAUGCUGCAGAGAAGAGGACUCAAAAUGCGAAUGAAAAUCGUUUGGAAUCGAAAUUUCCAUCGCGUGACGGCAAUGCGGAGCGUAAGGCUGAUGCGUCUGAGACCGGGCGCUUACUCGUUCGAAACCUGGCAUACUCAAUGACUGAUGAAGAACUUGAGAUGCUGUUUGAGCCAUUUGGGACUCUGGCAGAUGUUCAUGUAGUAAGAGAUAGACAGUCCGGCAAGUCACGAGGCAUGGCAUUCGUGCAGUAUGUGACAGCCGAGAAUGCCCCUCAAGCACUUUUGUCUGUUGAUGGGACAUUUCACAGUGGCCGCAUACUGCAUGUGCUUCCAGCACAGCCUCGCCCGGCGCUCUUGGAUAACUACUCCGCAACCAGCGGUACCACAAAAGCAGGGAAUAGCAAAUUUAAAGAGGGCAGAGAGGAAUCAUUGAAAGACUCUGCGCGGAAAGGAUUGGAUGCUCACGCUCAACAUGCGCUACAUUUGUCUUCUGACGCCGUUGCUCAGGUCAUGGCAGAUCGGCAUUCGGUUUCGAAAGCUGACCUUUUCGGUACAAGUCGCGGUGAGUCUGGUGUAGCUGCGGUUAGACUUGCAAUGGCAGAAGCAACUGUACAAGGGGAGACUAAGCAGUUUCUGCUGGAGAAUGGAGUUAACCUAGGUUUAUUACAACAAAUGAACGAGGAUCUGCAUGCCACAACAGCAGCUGCUAGAAGAAAGAGACAGUCAAGGACAGCCUUUUUGGUGAAGAAUUUACCGGCUAGAACACAUGAAAGGCAGCUCGAGGGUACGUUCAGUCGUUUUGGAAAGCUGAAACGUCUUGUCGUUGUGCCAUCCGGGACUCUUGCUGUUGUCGAGUACGGCAUUUCGUCAAACGCCAAAAAAGCGUAUAACUCCCUUGCUUACACAAAAUUCCAGGAUGCGCCUCUCUACUUGGAAUGGCUUCCCGCGCAGGCACUGACGCCAGUUCACGACGACAACAAACUGGACAAAUCGUCGACUCUCGCUGAAAAUGAGCCCGAAAACAAGGACCCCACAAGCGUUGCUGAAGGUGUGUCGACAACUCCUGAGAAUGUAGAAGCCAAAACCGGCAGCGUGUAUGUGAAAAACCUGAAUUUCGAAACUCGCGAUGCCGCGCUUAAGGAGCACUUUCAAAAGGUGCUGCGGAAACGCCCGAAAGUUGUGGCAAGUUUGCGAUCGGCUACUGUGGCUCUGCGGCGAAAGAACGAGGGAAAAGCCUCAGAACGUCUUUCAAUGGGUUUCGGGUUUCUGGAAUUUUCGUCGAGAGCGCAUGCAAUAGAAGCCGUGAAGAAUGCUCAGAAUACCACUCUUGACGGUCAUACACUGCAAUUACGGCUCUCAAACAAGGAUGAUGAAGAUCGAAGUCAAGGAGCUAAGCGAAAACGGGUUUCAUCGAAGGGCAAGAAGCCAGGGCCCAAGCUGAUCGUAAGAAAUGUCGCCUUUGAAGCAACAAGAAGCGAUAUUCGACAGCUAUUCUCUGCGUUUGGUCAACUGAAGACGGUUCGAAUACCCAGAAAAAUUGAUGGUUCACAUCGUGGCUUCGCGUUUGUCGAGUUCGUUUCCAAAAAUGAAGCCAAAACGGCCUAUGAGGCUUUGUCGGCAUCUCAUUUGUACGGAAGACAUUUGGUCAUAGAAUACGCAGAGGACACCGGCACUGGCUUUGCCUCUAUAGCCGAAAUGCAAGCGAGAGCUGCUACACAAAUAGCAAGGAAGCGAACUCGGAUGAGCGAUGGAAGUAAUGUUGCUGCAAGUGGUGGGGAAGAGCCAAGUGAUGAGCUCGUUGACGAACAGGCGAUGCUCGAGGAUGAGCUGUACGCUUAG